AUGACCAAGAAAGAAGCACUCAUUGAGUGGAUAACUUGGUUGGAAGACUGGGCGGUGCAGCUGGAAGCGGUCCAUGACCCAGGACGCUUCCGAACUGGCAGAGCCAAGGGCGGUUGGAGUUACAAAGCGCAGUGCCUCUUGGAUUGUUGGCGGCUCUCCUUGAAAGUUCGGAGCCUGCAUUCCAUGAAGGGAGCAGUGGAGCGUUCCAUGGCCCUUGUUCUGCCAGCAGCCGUGGCAGACGAACUGCUCUUCAAGUCAAGUGACCCUUCUGGUGAAGGCCCUACUGUCGUGGAGAACCUCCCGUCUGCGUGGACCCUUCAAAGGGCCAAGGCAAGAAUUGACAUCUCAUAUAUGCUUUGCAUGCAGGGGCAAAACUCGCUUCCGGGUGCAUUGUCCAUCUUGCGAUAUGAUUCCAAGAUGCUGUUUCCGACGUGGGCAUCUUGGGUGUCCACAGACUCGGGCGAAGCCGAGACUGCCGGGGCCGAGACCCUUGCAGGCCUCCGAUGCCGGUACAUGUCCGGGCCCUGGUUUGCCGACUCCAGUCCGCAAGGUGGCCGCGAUUGGUUUCUUUCCGCCUCGUCUUCCAUUGAAGUGACAGGUUUGCUUCGUGCUGCGCGUGCCAUGGAUUUCUUACAAGAAACAGCUACUGCGUCUCCUGACCGUGAGUUUGAUGAAGCCGGAGAGCUUUCGGAGGCGUGCUUUCAAUGCUCUCAGAAGAGGAGACAAAGCCUCGAGCUUCUGGAGAAAGCGUGCGACAGACACAUGCAUGUCCCAGUUGUUCUCGGAAGCAAAGCCACGGACUUGCCCAACAAGGCGGCGGCACUUCUGCAUUCGUUGCGGCUUGAGACGCUGACAGCAGACUGCCUACGAGCAACGCUGGCUAGCACUGUUUCCUUCACGAGCGACAUGGGAGUCGAAUCAGGCCUCGCUGAUUUUCCAAAAGUUGACAUGAAUGUUUUGUCUGUAGCAGACUUGCCUGUCACAGACAUCGUUCAAGAUGACAUGGAUGACGAACGCCCGUGCGAUGAGAAGAUUGACGAUGGCGACUUCAUGUUUCCACAUACCCUUGUGGUGUGUGGUGUGCUUCACAUAUUGGCCAAUGCAACAUCGCAGGUGCACGAGCGCAUGGGUGUCUGGCAAGCGUUCAAGCCACAGCUGCAAGCUGUAGCUCGCUUCUUGCACUAUGCCCACUAUCGUCAGAGGCUGAAAAGCACGUGUUUCGGUAGGCGGACUCGGUUUUCAAUGUUCGCAGACUACUUCAACACGGGAUGCCCGCUGCCCAUCGAGUGGCGUUGGCUGAUCACACAACAUGUGCUAGAGUACAUCCUGGGCUUGGAACAUGCAUUGCUUGCCGGGUGGAACUUGAAAACUUAUCUAUCUGAUGCACCGCCCAGUGCCGGUGAGGGGGGUGGGGAUGGCAUCGACGAAGAUGCACCGGCACAUGUUCAGAAAGAUUCUGAGAAUGCAGUUUCUCUGGACCAAGUUGACGCAGCGCUGAGGUCUCCCAUGUUUUGGGCUACUGCCAAGAUGAUCUUUCACUUGGGGGAGAGCAUUCGGGCCGUUGAGGGUUGGGCUAAGGGCUGUCCUUGCCACCCCACUGACGGGCACGCGCAUCUUUCCGGAUUCCGACAGCAGGCCCUCGUGAAUGCAGAAUUGGGGCGGCCAGCCAGCGACCAAUCCUUUACGUGCCCAGGGAAAGGCAAACGCGCUCCAGAACUUGCAGCAAACAAACUUGUUCAGAAUUUCCAAACGAUCAGCCAGACCCAUUAUGCUUUCGUUUUGGCAGCUUGCCAAAGCGUGACGGAAGAGCAGCGUGCAGAACUUCUGCGUCAGAGCCCUAGCACAGCGGAGGCCUCUUUCAAAGCAUCAUUCUUUUCUAGUCGGAGACCCCCUUGGUUGAUUUGUCCCGUCGUUCAUUUCUUUUUGCAGGGCGAUUUCGAAGGUGGCAAAAACCAUCUUCUCUACGUGUUAGAGAUGAAGUUCAACGCCUGGCGGAAACUGCCCCUGCGCCUGUGUGGCCUCGGGCUGCCUUCCCAGCACGCAGGUCUUGUUCAAGAAAUUGCGCGAGAUUGCUUGCAGCAGUACGCUGCCCAGCCUGACCCGUCAUUGCAUCACAGGGUGUCCAACUUGUGCUGUGCCCCUGGAAGCCCUCUCUAUGAUAGCAUGGUGCGGGUUGCGAACGGGGAGCCGCUUGAGAGACAUAGUCAGCUUCAAAAAGUGGCAAGCAUCCUGAAAUUGAUUCCUGUUGCAGAGCAUGUCAUCGAGGGCCCACAUGCCAGCACACAGCGGGAAGUCUUGAGGGCCCCACGCUGUGGCCCAGCAGCUAUCAGCCUUGCCCUGCGAGGGCCGGAGAUUGAGCGCUACCUGAACGAAGGUCCUGUUUACGCAGGUUACUUGUUGGCCGAGAACUUGGAAAGCAUUCCAAAUGUUGCAAGCGCUCUUCCGCGCCUUGGACUUGAGCAACAUCCGUUGCUCCUGAGGCUGCAGUCUGCCGGUCUCAAAGUCACCAAUGGAACUGCUUGUGACAUUAUUUACAGAUGCGAUGCUGAGUCACAGUUUCUGAAUCUGCGGGGUGCACGCAAGGCAGUGCAGAAUGCCAAAGAAACAGAGAAGCAAAAGCGAGAAGAGUGCGAAAAGCAGCGAUCCAAGAAACUGGUUGCUCGCAAGUUGGACUCCGCAGACAGGCCAGACUGGUUAUUUCAAACCCUGCUCUUCGAUUUUCUAAGAGAACAGGAUGUUGAGACGUACGUAUUUUCCAUGCACGUGCCUGAGGAGCGCCCACCGCCGAAGCAAUCAAUGCUUGCAGAAGCAGAAGCUGUAGUGCCCGCCCUUGCAGCAGACCGCAGUGGCAGCAGUUCAGCUGCACUUUCUGGCAAGACGUUCCGGCCCAUGCAAAGUGUUAUAUCAAGUGCGGCAGCAGCUCCAUGUGAGAAGCCGACGCUUCCCUUGCUGCACGUGCUAGAUGAUUGUGGUGAAUGUGAGGAUGCUGCGGUCAUUGCAGUGUCUGCGGCUGAAGAACAGACGUCAGCAGUUGAGCCUGACACCGUGCAGAUGCCAUCUUUUUUUCGAGUGGUUCAUAAGAGACCAUCGCGACAAAAGAUGCAGCAGGUGGCCCCUGCAGUGGGGCAGAAACUGAAAGCCUCGGACAUUGCCGUUACUCGCCAUGCUUGCCUUGAGAUUUCUGACACAGCUGCCAAGGUAGAGGCGUGCCCAGUUAUGUGCACCAAGGAUUCCAGCACGUUUCUUUUGGACACCACUGUGCCAUUGGGAGCGCGGUCGGCUUUGGCUGGCAAUCUGAUGCUUUGGGACUUCAGCACAGUGCAUGAACACACACUGCGUGGCGUUUCCGAACAGCUGCUUGGUCAGCUGGUGCAGCUCGGUGCAUUUGAGGGGCGUGCUGCUCGCUUCCAGAUUCCAUCUCCAGACAGCGAAGCCGGCCUGGAGUUAGGAAGGCAGCUUGUGGAUGCCGAGGCGAAAGGCCUCGUCACAAGCGAAGAGGUCUGCGAGGGAAGCUUUGGUUGGCAAUUGACUCGCUCAGGGAUGUCACAAAUGCAGAUGCUUUUCAGGCUGUGCCGGCCACGGGCCUUGUGUGCUCUGCAAGAGUCUUGCUCGGAAGAUGCCCUGCUCGACCAGCAUCCGUGUCAAACGUGGAUGCUGCUGGAGAAACAUGGUUGGAAACCUGAAGUGUGCAGCAAGAAGCAGUUGUCCUUGCAAGCGCCAUAUUCUGAAGCUGACAGCGAGGCACAGAAGUUGUUCUUCUUGUCUUCAAGCGGCUCUGCAACCCCUCCUCGAUGGUACUUGCUUUCGCUUGCGCUUGCCGAUCUUGUGUGGAAGGGCCGGGAAGAUCCACCGCUUCUUCCUGUGAUGCACAGUUGGUCGGUUGCCCAAUACAAGGGUUUCGUCGAGUCCCGUGGGACAUGUGUUCCGGACGUCGUGCGCAAGUUGAAACUCCAGGCUUUGCAGGAUGAUGAUGGGUUUGCAGCUCUGCCAGAAGCUCCAGCAAAACGCAAACGGACAGGGAAGAAGGGCGCGGGUCGGGGCCGCGCUGCCAAGAUUCGAAGAAAGCAAAGCCAGCAGUGUGAACUUGAGGACUGCGAUGCUGGCAGCCCAGAGCCGUUGCCGGAAGAGGAUCCGCACACUGCUGGGGACAGUGGUGUCGUUGACGGUGAUGAAGAGAUUGAAGCGGCCGCUGCCCUCGUUGACGUGUCCGAAGUAGACAGUGCUGAAAGCUCGCCCUGCUCGGAUGACAUGCCUCCAUGCCUUGACGCUGUGGAUGAUGCCGAUGAUGGCGGCAGUAGCAGUAGUGGCAGUGGGAGCAGUAGCAGUAGCAGCGACAGCAGCUCCUCGAGUUCAGGGGAUUCCAGCAAUUCAGACAGCAGUUCUCACCAUGGGCCUGCUGCUGCAGCGGCGGUGGCAGCAGGGCCCAGGUUGGUCUCUGAAGACAGCCACAAAUGGGGAGUUUUCCACAUCACGUGGCGAAGACCUGGAGAGACUAACCGCUUUGGUGGGUGGUCCACGAAAUGUCCUUUCCAUGUUGCAGGCAGCAAAGCUUGCAGUAGAUCGCUGAAUGUGUCAGAAGCAUCUGACAAGCAAACAACUCUUGAUCGAUUGCAUGACUGGUGCAACUCUGCAGCGGCCUGCCUCAGCCGAGAAGAGCACAUGGGCUUGCCGCGGCGUCCCGAUCAUUUGCAAGCCGAACAGCUCGAUCAAGGUAUGCUUACCGAGGAUGAUUUGCAGGUGUUCCUCGGAGCGUAA